AUGCCGGGCGAGGAGGAGGACGAGGCCGAGUCGGGGGCCGGGGGGGGCGCCGCCGCCCCCUCCCCGCCGGCCGAGGAGGGGGACACCCGGCAGCGCUACGAGGAGCUUUGCAGCAGCCUCAACAUGGACGAGCGCGCCCGCUCCGAGGCCUGGCUCAGCUACCAGAGCAUGAAGCGCAACUACACCCUGGAGGGAAAUGAUCUGCAUUGGCUAGCGUGUGCAUUGUAUGUGGCUUGCAGAAAAGCAAUUCCAACUGUGAGCAGAGGGACAGCUGAGGGAAAUUAUGUAUCUUUAACCAGAAUUUUGCGCUGUUCAGAACAAAGCUUGAUCGAGUUUUUUAACAAGAUGAAAAAGUGGGAAGACAUGGCAAAUCUACCCUCCCAAUUCAGAGAACGAACUGAGAGAUUAGAGAGAAACUUCACAGUUUCUGCAGUAAUUUUUAAGAAGUAUGAGCCCAUUUUUCAGGACGUUUUCAGAUAUCCUCAAGAAGAUCAACCUCGUCAACAGAGAGGAAGAAAACAGAGACGACAACCAUGUACUGUGACUGAAGUUUUCCAGUUUUGUUGGGUGCUGUUUGUUCAUGCAAAAGGUAAUUUUCCUAUGAUCAGCGAUGAUUUGGUCAAUUCCUACCAUCUCUUGUUAUGUGCUUUGGAUCUAGUGUAUGGAAACGCUCUCCAGUGUCCUAACCGUAAGGAACUUCUGAAUCCUAAUUUUAAAGGUCUACCUGAAGACUUUCAUAGUAAGGAUUAUAAAGCAUCAUCUGAUCCUCCCUGCAUCAUUGAAAAACUGUGUUCAUUACAUUAUGGAUUAGUUUUAGAAGCAAAAGGCAUAAAGGAACAUUUUUGGAAGCCAUAUAUUCGGAAACUUUUUGACAAAAAGCUUUUAAAAGGAAAAGAUGAAAAUCUGACUGGAUUUCUAGAUCCUGGGAACUUUGGAGAUAGCUUCAAAGCCAUCAACAAGGCCUACGAGGAGUAUGUUUUGUCAGUAGGAAAUCUCGAUGAGCGAAUAUUUCUUGGGGAGGAUGCAGAUGAAGAAAUUGGAACUCUCACAAGGUGCUUAAAUACAACUUCAGGAAUGGAAACAGCUGAACGAGUACAAGUGAAGCACAGUUUGCAGCAGCACUUUGAUAGGUCCAAAUCACUUAGGAUUACAACCCCACUUACUGGCCGCAAGUAUAUUAAAGAGAGCAACCCGUAUGUGACACCUGUUUCCAUAGCAACAUACAGUUUGAGCCGCCUUCAUACGAUGCUGGCAGGACUGAAAAAUGCCCCCAGUGAAAAUCUGGAGCAAAUACUCAGGUCAUGUUCCAGAGAUCCUUCUCAAUCUAUUGCAAACAGAGUAAAAGAAAUGUAUGAAGUAUACUGCCAGAGCAUGCAGUCUGAAGGAGAAUUCAGUAAUUUUUCCAAAGAUGUUGCUAGUAAGCAUUUUCGUCGUGCUGAGGUGCUAUACUACAAGGUCUUGGAGUCAGUCAUUGAGCAAGAGAGGAAGAGACUGGGAGACACUGACUUAUCUGCAAUCCUGGAGCAAGAUGUGUUUCAUAGGUCUCUGCUGGCAUGUUGCCUUGAGAUAAUUACCUUUACAUAUAAGCCACCUGGAAACUUCUUGUUCAUCACUGAAAUAUUUGACAUUCCAGUUUAUCAUUUUUAUAAGGUAAUUGAGGUUUUCAUUAGAGCAGAGGAUGGCCUUUGUCGGGAAGUAGUAAAACACCUUAAUCAUAUUGAAGAACAGAUCUUAGAAAGUAUGGCAUGGAAACAGGAAUCCAUAUUGUGGGACAGAAUCAGAGAUAAUGAAAACAAAGUUCCUAGUUGCGAAGAGGUAAUGCCACCUCAGUACUUUGAGAGAUCUGCUGGGAACAGCGUUGUAGGUUCACCAUUGACACCAAGACGAAUAAACGAGGUUCGCGCUGAAAGUGGAGGACUAGGAAAAGGCCUUUCAUCCUCUCCAACUACCCUGUAUGACAGAUACAGUUCUCCUACAGCCAAUCCUACAAGACGACGACUGUUUGUUGACAACGAUAAUACCACCUCUGACAGUGGAACUCCAGUAAGAGUUUCCCAACAGCCCGUGGUAAAUACGGUGCCUGUGCAGAACAUGAAUCCCGACGCCAUGUCAGUAACUCCUGUGCCCGGCCAGACGCUGGUUACAGUGGCAACUGCCACUGUAACAGCCAAUAACGGGCAAACUGUUACAAUACCAGUACAAGGUAUUGCCAAUGAAAAUGGAGGAAUAACUUUCUUCCCAGUCCAAGUAAAUGUAGGUACCCAGCCUCAGGCUGUCUCUGCUCCCAUUCAGCCUCUCAGUGCCCAGACUCUUGCUGGUACCCUGAACACUCAGAUGACCGGGGCAACACUGCAGUUACCAGGCCAGGUAACUGUCCAGCAGAUCUCUCCUGGAGAGCACAGACAAACCCAGCAAUUUACCACUGCCGCGGCCAUCAGGCCCCGGAAGAUGGGCUCACUUUCACUCUUCUUUAGAAAGGUGUAUCACUUAGCUAGUGUUCGUCUGAGAGAUCUCUGUGUCAAACUCGAUAUAUCUGAUGAGCUGCGGAAAAAGAUCUGGACAUGUUUUGAGUAUUCCCUGGUGCACUGCCCUGAAAUCAUGAUGGAUAGACAUUUGGAUCAGCUGCUGAUGUGUGCCAUCUAUGUAAUGGCUAAGGUUACUAAGGAAGACAUAUCAUUUCAGAACAUUAUGCGCUGCUAUCGGACACAACCACAAGCCAAGAGUCAUGUAUAUCGGAGUGUCCUGAUAAAAGGCAGGAGAUGCCGCCGCCGCUCUGGCAGCAGUGAUAGCAGCAGCCAACAGAACUCGCCUACAGAUAGAAGUAAAGAGAGAAACAAAGAAAGAACUAGCAGAGACUCCAGCCCAGUAAUGCGAUCCAGCAGCACCCUGCCUGUUCCACAGCCCAGCAGCGCUCCCCCGACUCCCACCCGACUGACAGGUGCCAACAGUGACACCGAGGAGGAAGAGCGAGGGGACCUCAUACAAUUCUAUAACAAUAUCUACAUUGAGCAGAUUAAAGAAUUUGCCCUGAAGUACACUUCAAAUGCAACCGAUUCUCCUCCGCUCUCACCCUACCCGUUUGUAAGGAUCAGCUCCCCUCGCAGGAUACAGCUGUCCCAGAAUCACCCAGUGUACAUCUCGCCACAUAAAACCGAGUCUACUCUCUCUCCUCGAGAGAAAAUAUUCUAUUAUUUCAGCAGCAGCCCAUCUAAGAGGCUAAAGGAAAUUAACAGCAUGGUUAGAACUGGAGAAACUCCAACGAAGAAGAGAGGCAUUCUCUUAGAAGAUGGUACUGAGGCACCAGCUAAGCGAAUCUGCCAGGAGAAUCACACGGCUCUGUUAAGACGACUACAGGAUGUAGCGAACGACAGAGGGUCCCACUGAGCCCAGCAUUCCAGCACAGGUGUUCCCUCGCUGCUGGCCCGCUGGGCCGGGCUGCUCAGCGCCUCGCACGGAUUCACCAGGCCUUUGCCAGCGUCUUCAGCCAGGCUGUCCUCUCCGCCCCGCACGGCCCUGCUGUGACUGCGCUGAGCCUCUCUGCUUGUCAGGAAGGGGUGGGAGGAGUCUCCCACCACGCCGGGACAGCGAGGAUAGGCUUCAAAUCCUGUGAUCUGCCUCACCCCAUGGUUAAGCUAAUCCUACGGCAAGGGAUCCAUCUCCAGGCUCGGGCUACGGAAAGCAGCUGAAGAGCUUUUUGGCGCUUGGAGAACACAUCCCACAUACAGCUUUCUAUUCUACGCUUUCUCCCUGGCAACAGGUAUUUAAAUCUGUUUGCUCUAACCAGGCCACUUAACGCUGUUUUUGUCAGUGCUUUACCAUUUUCAUCUUUGGACUAGAAAGUUACGGGUGCAUCAGACAGGGGAGCGCUGCACCAAGGUAACCAUAGUCAACAGUGUCUGGGUUCUAACAACAACGACCUCCACAAAAAUGACAACUAACCAGUCAUAUCCCAGCCAAGUCCAGUUCUGCUUGGAAAGGGAAGAUGGGAAUCAUCUUUUUAAGCCCUGAAGGAAGCUGUCUGAAUGGAUCCUUUCCAUAUUCUGGAUCUUUCACGUGCCCCUGAAAACCAUCACGUUGUUUUGCUUUAAUGUUUGGGCACCUUGUUGUAUAAAGGUAGGUAAUUUUGUUUAUGCAUUGUUUGUAGCUGUGCAAUGUUUUAAAGUGAACUCAUGUUCAAAAGGUGGCACUUUUGAUAGGGCUGUGAAGCGUCAUUUUAAGGCAGAUUAGUUUUGCUGUAUAUUUGCAAUGGCACUUUCUAAACGUGACUAUUUUUUCAAAAGCUGACUUCAGCUCUCUUUCUGUAUUGAAGCAAUUUGACUUUUGUAUUUAUUUUCAAAUUGACAUCCCGUCGCUCCCCUCUUCAGCAAAUGGCAUUAGGAAUUUAUUUUAACUUGAUGUAUAUGCAGUAAUGAAUGCAGGAAGUGAGGGAUGUUUGCUUUUUUCAAGGAAUUUUAUAUGCUUGGAAUGUUUUUUCAGAUCGCUUUUCUUAAGAGUCAGGAACUGGCCACCUCGCUUACUCAGUAGAAGGACGGUGGUGUCCAUCUCUAAAAACAUAUACUUAGCUUUUUUGUUUGGGUUUUUUAAUGGACUAAAUCAGGCUGCCUGGGAGAAAUCUCUCCCCUACUAACAGGACAAGAAAGUGGUGCAUAUAUUAAGACUUACUAGUUGUUUUCAUUUAAAAUAGUUCCAAAAUACCAGACUUAUUAGGAAAGCAUUAAACUCGCUAAUAACCAGCACAGAGAACACCUAUUUACUCCUUUUCAAAGAUGUAACUGGGGACAGUUGUGGUGUUCAUGUACAGUGUAGCACACUCGGAUUCUACAAGUUUUUAUAAGGAAGCACAAGUUAAAAGCUCCAUGUUUUCAGUCAUUCCUGCUCCUCUGAAUAAUGGGAAAAUUUAGGACUUAAUUCCACUGUAAAUUCAAUUAAAGUAAAAUAAAAGCAUCUUUCAUUCUUACCUGCGUAACAAAAAGGCUGAAGUCAAGAAAUUGUGUAGAUGUUUCUGUAAAAAUAUUUAUGAAAUUGUCAGA